CGGAAGUCACGUGGUGUGUAGUGUAUCUGCUGCAGAGUGUGUGUGUGUGUUUAUGUUGCUCUGCGGCUCCGUUCAGAACUCCACUGGAAAUCUGCUCAUUUUAACCCAUCGGCUAACCGACCUGGCGGCCGGAGUGCCGCUGAGCAAACGGCUCCUGCUGAUGAACCCAGUGUGAUGUAAGGCGAUGCUCGCUCGGCCACCAUGGCCAGUGUUACGCUGAGGUACUUCUGCUAUGGCUGCCUCGUCACCUCGGCGACAUGGUCCGUCCUCCUCUUCCUCUACUUCUCUCUGGGGGCGGAGCCUGGACGCGGCAGGACCCCCCUGCAGCACCGCAGCCAGCCAAUCACCAAGGGCCUGGUGGACGGAAGGGCCGGGCGUCGGCCUCUGCCGGCCAAUAAGGGAGUGGAGCUGUCUCCAGAGAUGGGGAUGAUCUUUAAUGAAGCAGACCAGGAUGUGAGGGACACCGGGUACCAUCGACACGCCUUCAACGUCCUCAUCUCCACCAGACUGGGAUACCACAGAGAGCUGCCCGACACCAGAGACUCCCAGUGUCGGGAUAAGGUGUAUCCUCCGGCUCUACCUUCUGCCAGUGUAGUGAUCUGUUUCUUCAACGAGGCGUUCUCUGCCCUGCUGAGGACCGUUCACAGCGUGCUGGACCGAACGCCGACCUACCUGCUGCAUGAGAUCAUCCUGGUGGACGACCACAGCGAGCUCGAGGAGCUGAAGGACGACUUGGAUCGGUACGUCAGGGAGGAGCUGCAGGGGAAAGUCAAGCUGGUGAGGAACCAGAAGAGGGAAGGACUCAUCAGAGGACGCAUGAUAGGAGCUUCACAUGCUACCGGUGAGGCGCUGGUCUUCCUGGACAGUCACUGCGAGGUGAACCAGGCGUGGCUGCAGCCUCUGCUGGCUCCAAUACAUAAGGACCGCCACACCGUCGUCUGCCCCGUCAUCGACAUCAUCUCAGCCGACACUCUGUCCUACUCGCCCUCGCCCAUCGUCAGGGGCGGCUUCAACUGGGGGCUUCACUUCAAGUGGGACCCUGUUCCCCCCUCUGAGCUCAAUGGCCGCGAGGGAACUACUGGACCAAUCAGGUCCCCCACGAUGGCUGGUGGUCUGUUUGCUAUGGACAGGAAGUACUUUAACGAGCUCGGUCAGUACGAUGGCGGCAUGGACAUCUGGGGCGGAGAAAACCUGGAGAUCUCCUUCAGGAUCUGGAUGUGCGGCGGUCAGCUGCUCAUCAUCCCGUGCUCCAGAGUCGGUCACAUCUUCAGGAAGAGGAGACCCUACGGCUCUCCCGGGGGGCAGGACACCAUGGCCCACAAUUCCCUGCGGCUGGCACACGUAUGGAUGGACGACUACAAGGAGCAGUAUCUGUCCCUGCGUCCAGAGCUACGGGACCGCAGCUACGGUGACAUCAGUGAGCGUGUGGCGUUGAGGAAGCGGCUGCAGUGCCGGUCCUUCCGCUGGUACCUGGACACGGUCUACCCCGAGAUGCAGACUGUCGCCAACGGCAACAAGCAGCAGCAGCCCGUGUUCAUCAAUAAAGGACUGCGACGGCCCAAAGUCCUGCAGAGAGGACGGCUCCGUAACCUAGCAACCGGGCGUUGUCUGGUGGCUCAGGGCCGAGCCAGUCAGAAGGGCGGAGUUGUUGUCCUGCGACCGUGUGACCCCCGAGAUCCCGAACAGGACUGGGCCUACGAUGAAGAGGGUCAGCUGGUCCUGGCAGGUCUGCUGUGCCUGGAUGUGUCAGAGGUCAGGACCUUUGACCCCCCCAGACUGAUGAAGUGUCACGGCUCGGGGGGGUCACAGCAGUGGAGCCUGGGGAAGUCCAACCGGCUCUACCAGGUCUCCGUGGGUCAGUGUCUCUCGGUCGCUCAGCCGGUCGGGCCCAAGGGUUACGUCUCCAUGGCGAUAUGUGACGCCUCGCAGGGACAGCAGUGGCAGCUGGAGGCCUGAUGACAUCACAGCGCUGUGUGACGGACGGAUUCAGUCCGGCGUUGAUGGACACUUUAGAUCUUUUGUGUUUUUACGGUUUUAGUUUUUUUUCUCUCAGGACGACUUUUAUUAACCAGCAGCUUUUAUUUGAUUUCUAAAAGAGAAGAUUUUUAAAGAGUCAUUUUAGUUUGAAAGGGUCACGGUUUCACUUCCUGGAGGGAUGAAGGUCAGACCGUCCGGAAAGAUCCUGAAAUGUUCAGAGGUUUGAAGUUUGUGGCACUGUUUGGCUGAUUUGUGUUUCCAUUAGAACGACCAGAGUCGGGGCGCGUCCUGUUGGCGGCUCGCAGACCGCCGCCAACAGGACGAACCUCCUGCUUCUUUUAAAAGUCUCUGACCCUCAAACUCCACUGGGCUACAGCAGCGACGCGUUCCAGCUGCGCGGCGGUAGCCACAGCCGAUGGCUGGAAAACCUGGAAAUUUUUGAAAAUAAAUGGAUGCUGGAAAUAAUCUGUGUUGUCCUGAAAAAGUUUGUUUUUAAGAUUCCGAUAAUCAGACUGGAAGUUUUGGUACAUCAUCCGUGAAGAAACGUCUGCAGACGCUCUGCACUCAUACAGCCGGUUAUUAGUUCAUAUUAUUAUUGAUCACAUCGGGGUUAAUAAAGUUCAGAGACUGCAACCCGUUCUAGCAGAGCCCCCACACUUCCUGGAAAACCUGGAAAACCUUGAAAUGAGCCUAGUUUUCCAGUGGUGGAAACAGCUGGAAAUGGUCAGUGUUGUCCCUCAGACUGAAGCAGUCCACAGACGUGGAACCGACUGAUGUCAGUGCGCCGGAGAGACCACAGCGUCUGCAGAGAGCGCCACGAGUAAACGCUGAGCGCCGACCGGAAGACGUAUCGGUGCUGGACCUUCAGGGAUUGUGAGUGCUGUGAACUCUCCUAUAAAAUGAUGUAAAAAGAGCGGGAACCCUGAUCUCUGCGUCGUAAAGCCGAACCUGGUGGAGCUUCAGGGUUUCAUCUUCUGACUGAACUGAAAUAUCCACAGAUAGAAAGAUGGCCGACAUGAAUCCAGACCGCUGUCUCUACCUCUAUAGAAGUAGGCGGUUUAUUUUAUAAUCAUUUUGGUUUUAAUUACUUAUUGGAAGAUAUCAAAAAAAGGGUUUCACUGACAGACUGACACCUGAGCCCUGUGUGGCGUGUGGGCGGGACCUCGAUACGGCGCCGAUGACCCUGAUCACUACGUCACUGACUCUGACUUUGUUUCGGUACAGUAGGAGGAAGUGGAGAUGGCGGCCAUCUUUAAAUGUGGAUGGUUACAUUCAGAUGUUCGCUGUCAGCUCUAAGAGUCCAGUAUUUCAUAAUAAAGUCUUUAAAACAACAAAAUAA